CCUCCUCCUCCUCCUCGUCAAUCGUCAACCAUGUGUGGGAUACUUGCAGUUCUGGGUUGUUCUGAUGAUUCCCAAGCGAAAAGGGUUCGAGUGCUCGAGCUUUCUCGCAGAUUGAAGCACAGAGGGCCCGACUGGAGUGGGCUUUACCAACAUGGAGAUUGUUUUUUGUCUCAUCAGCGGUUGGCUAUAAUCGACCCCACUUCUGGAGAUCAACCUCUCUUUAAUGACGACAAGUCAAUUGUUGUAACGGUUAAUGGAGAGAUUUACAACCAUGAAGAGCUGAGAAAACGCCUGCAUAAUCACAAGUUCAGAACUGGUAGUGAUUGUGAUGUUAUAGCCCAUCUCUAUGAAGAGUAUGGAGAAGAUUUUCUGGACAUGUUGGAUGGAAUGUUCUCAUUUGUAUUACUGGAUACCCGGGAUAACAGCUUCAUUGUUGCUCGAGAUGCCAUUGGGAUUACUUCCCUCUACAUUGGUUGGGGACUUGAUGGAUCAAUUUGGAUUUCAUCCGAAAUGAAAGGUCUUAAUGAUGAUUGUGAACAUUUUGAGUGCUUCCCUCCCGGUCACUUGUAUUCGAGCAAGGCAGGUGGGAUGCGAAGAUGGUACAAUCCUCCUUGGUACUCAGAGGCUAUUCCAUCAACUCCAUAUGAUCCACUACUCGUCAGAAAAUCUCUUGAAAAUGCUGUAAUUAAGAGGCUAAUGACUGAUGUACCCUUUGGAGUUCUGUUAUCGGGGGGACUAGAUUCAUCACUAGUUGCCUCCAUUACUGCUCGCUAUUUUACUGGGACAAAGGCAGCCAAACAGUGGGGAGCACAACUUCAUUCCUUCUGUGUUGGCCUUGAGGGCUCCCCUGAUUUGAAGGCCGGAAAAGAGGUUUCUGAUUAUUUGGGGACCAUUCAUCAUGAGUUUCACUUUACAGUUCAGGAUGGUAUUGAUGCCAUUGAGGAUGUUAUCUACCACAUUGAAUCAUAUGAUGUGACGACAAUCAGGGCAAGCACCCCUAUGUUUCUUAUGUCCCGCAAGAUCAAAUCACUGGGAGUGAAGAUGGUCAUUUCUGGGGAGGGCUCUGAUGAGAUAUUUGGUGGAUACUUAUAUUUCCAUAAGGCACCAAACAAGGAAGAAUUCCACCGUGAGACAUGCCAUAAGAUAAAGGCCCUUCACCAAUAUGAUUGCCUGAGAGCAAAUAAAACAACUUCUGCUUGGGGUCUUGAAGCUCGGGUCCCUUUCUUAGAUAAGGAAUUCAUCAAUGUCGCAAUGAGUAUUGAUCCCGAGUGGAAGAUGAUAAAACCGGAUCAGGGACGAAUUGAGAAGUGGGUACUGAGGAAGGCCUUUGAUGAUGAAGAACAUCCUUAUCUGCCAAAGCAUAUUCUAUAUAGGCAGAAGGAGCAAUUUAGUGAUGGUGUUGGCUACAGUUGGAUCGACGGGCUUAAGGCUCAUGCCGCCAAACAUGUAUCGGAUAAAAUGAUGUGUAAUGCAAAGAAUAUCUUCCCACAUAAUACACCUACCACAAAAGAGGCUUAUUACUACAGAACUAUCUUUGAGAGGUUCUUCCCUCAGAAUUCAGCCCGUUUGACUGUCCCUGGAGGCCCAACUGUGGCUUGCAGUACUGCCAAAGCUAUUGAGUGGGAUGCAACUUGGUCGAACAAUCUUGACCCUUCGGGCAGGGCAGCAUUGGGAGUUCAUGCGUCUGCUUAUGAUCUGCAGUUACCCAAUGCAAAUGGGGUUGCAAAGGUACCAGCGAAAAUCAUUGACGAUAUUUCAAGAAUGGUGGAAGUGAGUGCUCAGGGACUCACAAUUCAAGGCUAAUAUCUUUGCAGAGAAGGAAUAAUUCAUACAAGAAUCUGAAGUUAGAUCAGCUAGUGUGUUUAGAAAUCUUUUUUACUUCUUUGGUGUGUAAAUCUAAUCAUCCAAUGUAGGAAAGGAAAAUUUAUGCAAGGUUGCACAAAAGAAUCUACAUUGUUGAUAUAUAUA